AUGCAAGGGCUUCCCGGUGUUGGUGACAAUCAUGAUGAUUACCGUAGGAAAGAUGAGGAGGGGAAACUUCUGGUGGCGAUAAAUUCUUUUUGGUUGGAAACUUUGUCGUGGCAGGGCCCGCCGAGAUGCAGGAGCUGCAGCAUCUCGACCGGUGGAUUCCCGCUGCCCCUGAACCCCGCCGUGUUCUUCCCCGUGCCCCGGGUCACCCAGCCCACCGGCACCAACAUCCUGUGGACCUACUCGGGGGCCUUUAUGUGCCUGGAGAUUCUGUUCGGGGGCCUCGUCUGGAUUCUGGUGGCCUCCUCCCGCGUCCCUCUCCCUCUGCUGCAAGGAUGGGUGAUGUUCGUGUCCGUGACAGCAUUCGUCUUCUCCCUUCUCUUCCUGGGCGUGUUCCUCUCCGGCAUGACCAAGACUGAUGCCAACUGGAAGUUCCUGGAUUUGGUUUGCCACUCAGUAGUGUUUGUCUGUUACUUCGGAGCCUUUUUACUGGAAGCAGUAGCCACCUCCCUGCACAAUCGUCGGGGGGGCAGUGCAGCCUCGGCUGACACGCCGCUCCUGGAUGACAACCAGUAUCGCAUCAACGUAGCCGCCACAAUUUUUGCCUUGGUGACCACAGCUUGUUAUGGUUGCAGUGUGCGAUUGGCUUUACUGAGAUGGCGACUGCAUCACUCCGUAACUCACUGGCCACGGUGGUUAAAUUGGAUGCGGAGGUCAGACUCUCACUAG